CCUUUUUGUCACUGUCGUGUGCGCGGCUGCCCUCGUCGCUUCAAAAUCCUCCAAUUAUUAACAUCCUGUUUCUCUUUGUAAUUUCGUACCUGUAAUUUUAGGAUUUGAGUUGUUUUUGAUUAAGCUUUCCUCCUUCUUCGCCCUCCAAAUCCGAACAUAGUUAUUAAUUAAUCCACCUCGAUGUCCGCAAACAGCGACGUGGACGUCGACGGCUAUUCGUUAAACAAACGUUACAGUUGAUUAAAGUUGAAAAUUUGUUCGACGUCGUCCUUUCGAUUGUCACCGUUAAUCGAUCAGUUUAUCUCGCAGCGCAGCCACCGCGUUCGUACAUCUCAAUUAUACAAACUUAUCGCAGUACGAAGCACAAACGUGACGAGUUCGAAAGCGAAAAAUCACCGUCGCCGAAUCGGACAAUGAUCAAAACUUUCUCGUCAACUAGCCAGGCUCACAAUAAUUCGAAGAACAUCAAACACGAUGCGCCCAACUGGACGUUAAUCUACACGUGAUCAAUCAUGACGAUAAAACCCUCUGUACAGAGUAUAUCCGACACAUUAACCCGAAGCUCUGUUAAAAAAUCAACAAGACGUUAUGACAGCACCGUAGAUCGUAAUGCACCGGCGUCAAAAAAAUGCGACUCUUACGACCCCCACGAUUACGGUAAUGAAAACCACCCGACUAUAUUUUGGGGCCCAGCGCUACAUUUUUUCAAAGCUAUCGUCGGUACCGGGAUUUUGGCACUGCCUGCUACAUUCGAAAGUGUCGGAUAUGCGAUCGCUAUUCCAAGCACGAUUCUAAUCGGUGUAUUGUACAUGCACAUAAUUCACGUUUUGCUCGACGUCGAGUACGAAUUAUGUAAGAUAUUGAAGAUACCUAAUUUAACGUACGUCGGUGUCGUUCAACAAUGUUUCGAGCAAGGCCCUAAGCCGUUGCAAAGGUUUACUUUGACGGCUAAAUUCUUGGUGUAUUUCCACUACGUGGUGAACGGUUCGUUGGGUAACGCUGUUUAUUUGAUCACGAUCGCUGGUAAUUUCAAAAUGAUAAUCGAUUAUACUUAUAACGUUAAUUCCGACAUAAAAGUUAUAAUAUCGAUUGUAAUAGUACCUUUGAUAAUUUUAGGAUUGAUAAAAAAUCUAAAAUUUUUAGUACCAAUGUCGACCAUUUCGAACGCCUUUAAUUUCAUAAAUAUUUUCUUAAUUCUGUACAUAUCUUCGAAUCAUGCCGGUACCAGUAACGACGAUGUCAGAGCUGUAAACGAUGUACUUAAAUUUCCAACAUUUUUCGGUAUCGUUCUGGGAGCAUUGACUGGCACAGGGAUGGUUUUACCUUUGAAAAAUGAUAUGAAAAAUCCGCGAGAAUUUUCCACCGUGUUCGGUGUACUUCAUUUGGCUCUGGUCACUUCGACCAUUUUGUAUGUGAUUUUUGGAUUUCUAGGUUACGUCAAAUAUGGAAGUCUAAUACAGCCCAAUAUUUUAAACAAUCUACCACCUGAAAAUAAUCUAACAUUUAUGGUAUUAUUGCUGUGUUCAGUGGCGAUCUGCGUAUCGUAUACUUUAUUUGUGUAUGUGGCUUUUGAUACGGUCUGGAGUAAUGCAUACGACAGUACUUUUUCUCGAAUGCAAAAUCGUAUGUACAUGGAAAGGGGUAUUAGACUGGGUUUAACUAUUUUGCCAUAUUUUAUCGCUAUGGCUAUACCAAAUUUUCAAAUACUAGUAUCAAUAGGUGGCGUUAUUGGUAUACUAAUUGAAGUAGCUGUACCGCCAUUUAUACAAAUUUUAAUAUUGACUGCUCGGUCGGAGCAAAAAACCAGGAUGACGUAUGUGAUCAUAUUCAAGGAUAUGUUUAUCGUAGCUUUGGCUUUGUUUUUAUUCGUCGGAGGAGUAAUUAAUGUAAUCGAUACGAUUACCGCUUUUUUUUCGCAGUAAUGUCCGCUGAACUUCUGCCAAAUUCAAUAGAGAAAAUUAUAAAAGAUGGAAGGAUUAAUUUGGGUAUAGAACUAAUCUAUUGUAUUUGCAUUAAAAAUACGUACAUCAUGGGUUUUCACGAUUAUAAAAAUUUUAAAUCUUCCAAUCUCGUAUUCCAAGUUUUUUUUCAAUGAAUUCGACGAUUAUUGAAUUUCACUCGAUAUUUACAUCGUGUUCGUCAUUCUUAAAGAUUACCACAUACCUACCAACUGUGAAUUCAACAGAUUAAAAAUUGAAUAGGAAAUUCGAGGCUCAAGGCACUUCCACUUUCUAAAAAUGAAAGAAUUUUUACAAACUUUCUCAUAGGAAUCUAAUGGUCAUCUUAUCUAAAAAAUUGUUUUGUUUUUCGAAUAUUUUCUUCAUUGACAAUAAAAUUUAAAAUUGUCAAAUUCAAUUAAGUACUCGUAGGUAGGUCUAGGUAUAGUAUGUAAUAAGCAUAUUAUUUAAACGUAUGUACUUGUACUUAUUGUGUAAGUAAGCUAAUUAAAAGACAAACAAAGUGAUGAAUAAAAACUGCAUGUUUUCUAUGAA